AUGAGCUUUGUCGAUGCCUUAGCGGAAGACCGUGAGAUGGGGUCCAUUUCGGCUAGUCCCCUCUCCUUUGAAAGACCGGAUUAUAGUGGACUCGCCUCCCUGCCUCCCUACUGGGUGUACAAAACGAGAGAGGUUCUGCAGUGUCUCGAUGAUCUAUCCACAAUUUAUCAGCUGGUCCGGGAAUUCUAUGACGUGAGCCAGGCAGCGGCGGUUCCAGCCCCACUAAUCCUCAAUGCUCUUGAGCAGAUGUAUAUUGAGGAUAUACAACAUCCACAGAUCACCACGUUAUCCUCACUUGUCAUUCCUAAUCGGCUGGAGGGGAACGCCUUUCAUGAGCUAUCCACUGGAAAACAGCUUCGGCUGGAUAUUAUUGGCGUCCUUUGUGCUAUCGCCGGCCAGGCCUGUUGUUUUGCUCUAGGCCAGGAUAAGUUUCGCGGACCGACUGGAGCGGCACGCCGAGCAGAAUUUCCAAAGAGGAUGAUGGUAAUCAAUGAUCUAGUAACCACUAUAUGCAGAAUGGUCACACUGACUAACGAUCUGACAAUCUGGACAUUGCACGAGAGCGUGCUAAUUUCCAGCUUGGUUCAUAGCUAUCCUAGUUCAGUGACAUGGCAUAGGCUGGGAGGGCUAUCGACCAGUAUUUUCGAGAUGGGCUUGCACCGUGAUUUUGGAAACCCUCCCAUUUUCUUACGAGAAUCGCGGCAUCAGGUUCACCGGCGCUCGUCUUGGAAUAGAGUCCGAUUCUUAAUGAGCACUUUCUGGGAGGAGAUCCUAGAGUUAUCGCUGGAUUAUCCAAGUUCUAAGACAGCGGAUCAACUGAGAGAUAUUUCUCGUCGGUGUCAGCCAACAUGGGAGUCGCUUCCGGGCCACUUGCACUUCUCCCCCACCUGCUGGAUGCAAGGCCUACCGGUCAGCGUCUGCCUCAUGCUUACCCUGGCGUACCUAACGUAUCUCUACAAUGAGUUUCUGAUGGAACGGCUUCUUGUUCGACACGAUCCGCACAGUGGUAAUCAGCUGCUCGAUGUCAGUAUGAAGAUACUGUCGACCGUAUUGACUGUGGCUCAACAUCGCGAGCAUACAUUACUGCUGUACGGCUUUCCGAGUGCCAGUCACACUCGCAAUGGCAAGACCCUUCCAUACAAAGGGGCGCGGGGCGCACUCAUCCGGGACGUGAGUGUGUUUACCUCUCGCUUGGAGACCAUUUCUUGA